GAAACUGGCUGUAAACAGAGAUAGGGAGGGGCCACCGUGCCUGCCAAGGGAGGCAAAAACCAAGUGAUUUACUGGAGGAAAACAAGCGUGUGCGUCCACACUGGGCACCAAGUGCGCACACGCACCCGCGCAGGAAGCCAGCGCUGCAGGGCUGUGGCUGAUAAGCUCCCGGGAGUUGGGGGGGUACGGGUGCAGACGAACACAGGAUCCGCUCCGCCGUCCUUGGCUGCUCGCUGACGGGGUCUGCGGCCCAGGCACACAGAAACAUGGGGCUCGGAAUAAAGCUCGCCGCCAUGUGGAGCUGCGGCCCGCUCAACGGCACGGGCAGCACAGAGGACCAGCUCCUCUGCCAGCACUUCCACCUGGUCCUGUCUGUCUUCUCCCUGCUCUACCUGGUGGUUGGCGUCCCCAUUGGCCUAGGCUACAACGCCCUGCUCAUCCUGGUCAACCUUUACGACCAGAGCAGCAUGACCAUGCCCGAUGUCUACUUUGUCAACAUGGCUGUGGCGGGACUGGUGCUCGGCGCCCUAGCGCCUGUGCACCUGCUGGGCCCCACCGCCUCUGGGUGGGCCCUGUGGGGUUUCAGCAGCGAGGCCCACGUGACACUGCUGGUGCUGUUCAAUGUCUCCUCACUCGUGACCACGUACUCCACAGCGCUGCUCAGCCUCGACUGCUACAUUGAGCGGGCGCUGCCACGCACCUACAUGUCCAGCGUCUACAACACCAGGCACGUGUGUGGCUUUGUGUGGGGUGGCGCUCUGCUCACCAGCUUCUCCUCCCUGCUGUUCUACAUCUGCAGCCACGUGGCCGCCAGCGUUGUUGAGUGCUCCCAGAUGCAGCACACGGAGGCCGCCGAUGCUAUCAUGGUGCUCGUCGGCUACGUGGUCCCUGGCCUGGCUAUGCUCUACGCGCUUGCGCUCAUCUCGAGGAUCCGGAAGGAGGACACGCCACUCGACCGGGACGUGGGGAGGCUGGACCCCUCAGUGCACAGGCUUCUGGUGGCCACAGUGUGCACGCAGUUUGGGCUCUGGACGCCUCACUACCUGACCCUCCUGGGCCACACGUUGCUGGCCUUGCAGGGGAGGCCCAUCGACGGGCGCCACCUGGCGGUCCUGCUCUUUGCUAAGCACCUCUCGAGGUUCCUGGCCUUCUCUAGCAGCUGCGUGACGCCGCUCCUUUACCGCCACAUCAGCAGAAACUUCCCCGGCAAACUCCGGCGGCUGGUAAAGAAAAUGCACUGUGGGCGCCAGAGCUGCACCCCAGACCAGGCAGGGGUGCAGCAGGUGGUGGCAUAGAGCCAGCUGCUCAUUCACAGCCGCUCUCUGGGCCGGGGUCCCAGGGCUGCCGCCGGUGCCCCCCCCACCCCCCGCCGGUCAUUGGACUGGCAGUCAACAGUGUACGCCCUGGAGGCACAGCCUGGGCCCCCUCCUGGGAGACCGGUGACUGACACUUAAACUGGACGCAUAGCAUUUUGUCACUGUCGCUCUGUCACACUCUUCCCCAGGAUGUCACUGAGGCCAGGACGCAGAACGGCACGAGGCGUGUUCUCUCUAAGUUUUCCUCUGUUCCUUACAGACCACUCUCAGGCCAAGGCCGUGCCUUCCAUGGCAGGAGGGGCCGGGCAUGAAGAAUAGCUGCCUCAGCCCGAGGGGGGUGCACUGCUCCAUCUUCCGGGGCCACGCCUGCAGUUGCAUCCUCAGCUGAGCCUCCGCCACCCUAGGUUUCUGAAUGAAGUCAUGAGAAUCCAAAUCCAGUAUUUAUACUCUGUGCCAUUAAAAUACUCGAUUUUCUCUCUUUAUUUUUGUUUAGAAAGAGAGAUUAGUAGAAGUCACAAAAGUAUGAAAAUGAAGGAAACAACACAAAAGGGCACCCCCUGAGGAGGGGUGAAGAGAGGCGUGUGCUGUGCCACACGCACAGGCGAUGUGCACAUGUUCCAAAGGACAAAGGACGGGGCCGGCAGUGCAGCGGGCCUUAGACGGAGAGCCCUUAAGGAGCCCUCCCUGCCUGCCAGACACACCCAGCACCCCUGCUGCACUCACGGGUGACACCCGCUGACUGUUUUUGGUAGAAGGCAAUUCCCCAAAUGUGCACCAAACCCCACAAUAUAAAUAAACCGAACAAAGGAAAACACGGUGAGGAUUUCUAACCAGAAGCUGGAAGGGACCACGCAGGCGGGAGCCAGGCCUACAAGACGGAGCCGGUCUGGCACCCGGGGCAGCCUGCUUCGCCAGACGCAGGGGGGGCCUGGGUCCUUCUGUGCCGCGUCCUGUCAACACCUGCUCGGGAACUGUGGCAGCAGAAGCCCCUUGCCUCCUCGACACCAUCCGCUCACCCGCACGCCGACAUCACGGGCCUGCAGCCCCCAACUCCAACUGUGAAGCCCACAAAGCUCUGAAAACAGGAAGAUUAGUUUCUCAGGUUUGCAGCAAAUCCACUCAGUAGCAACCUUGGCCUUGACCUGAAGCGGGUUGGGGGCAGUUUUCUGGGGAAAGACGAACUUGACUGUGACUAUGGGGCCCUGCCCCAGCCCCACGGUGCCCUGUGACACGUGGCACGCUAACUGUGCACACGUGUGCACUGCAGAGAAGAGGCAAACUAGGUUGUCUGCUGAAAGAAGCUGGAAGUAGCUACAUCCCUUAAAGUACAGCUUGCACGCCACCCCGAGCCUUCUUGUGGGGCUAUGGUCAUGAAGUGAAUGGCUGGGGCUGGUAGUUUGGUAGCUUGCCUGCUUUCAGGUUUGUGCGUCCAGAAAAGAAGUAUUGUCGCUGUUGUGUUGUCGUUGCUCGGCAGGACCCUGUAUUUAUUUAUUUAUUUGUUUUUACCUCUGACUCCCACCUAUUUCUCCCCCCUGCCCCUGGCAGCCACCAAUCUGUUCUGUCUCUGUGACCUUGGAUGCUUGUUCUCACGGAUCCCAGAGACAUUAGGUCACACUGGACUCCUCUUCUCUGAUUUAUCCCACUUAGCGCAGUGUUCCCCAGACCCAUCCGUGCUAUCGCUCACACCGCGAUUCAUGGCUAGUAUCCUACGGUAUGCACGUGCACACCCCAUCUUCUUCAUCCGCUUGUUUAUGCUCAGCUGCUCUGUGUCUGGUCUGCUGUGAAUCAUGCCACAGUGAAUGUGGCUGCAGAUGCCGUUCUGAAUUAGGUUUUUGUUUCCUUUGGGCAAAUACCCAGAAGUGCGAUCAUUAGAUCACAGGCAGAUCUGCUUUUAGCGUCUGAGGCACAUACACCCAGACGGUCUCCUAGACCGGCUGCACCAGCCUGCCUUCCCAUCAGGGUCAUGAGGGCCCUUUCCUGCACACCCCCGCCAGCUCUGUCCUCUCGAUGACGGCAGCCUACCAGGCGUGAGGGGUUCCACUGUGGUUCCCAUGUGCGUUUCUCUGAUGAGUGAUGCCGACCACCUCCUCACAUCCAUGUGGGCCAUCUGUGUGUGUUCUUUGGGGAAAUGUCUAUUCCAAUCUUCUGUAAUCAGAUUUUAUUUUGCUACUGACUUGUGGGAGUUCUUUAUAUAUUUUGGAGACUAGUCCUUUAUCAGAGAUAUUAACACACUAACUUUUGACAACCUGAAAACUUAAUUCUGACACAUGUGGUCUGAGGAAAGCAGAAUGUGGCUCGAUGUUCUGCCACAACCCACUUGGGGAAGUCGCCCCAUUUGGUCCUGAUCUCUUGGGAGAUUCAGCCCAUGACUCAGUCGCCAUCAUGUUUCUAUCUGCAGAACAUACCCCCUCCAGGAUGAUGUGACUGCCUGUGCAGAAACAGGAAAAUACACUGGACACCAGGGCACAGGUUCUACCUGCCCCUGGUAGCUGUGAAAUUCUGGACAGGUGGGGCCACAUCUACUUCCUGGCCAGUAAAUCGGGGGGCAGAAGUAGAGAAGUUUCUGGGUUGCUACUGUCUGUGGACAUGCUAUUUCUACUGAGGGACGCAGUGCCCUCUGCUGCCAGUCUUCAGGUGCUCCAGGGUGUCCCCAAGUCCUGCAAGUCUCAGGCCCGAUGCUGUCCCCCCCCACUCCUCAAGCUGGAGGCUGCAUGAUGGCAGGCGGUCCCGGGCUGUGGCUCCACUUGGGAAGCCUGGGGUUGGCUGAGCGAGUGGCCGGUGCAGUCAGAGUCUCCCGCACUGCAGCUAUGGGGCCUCUGACCUCAAACAUGCCUACCACCGCGAAGUCUGUCCUCUCACGGUGGGUGGGGGGGCAGGGGCCAGGGUCAGGCCAAGGUCCACCAUGCCCUGCCGGGCUCUUGGGUCAGGAAACCAGCACAGUUCUUAGUGGACAUGGGACCCAGUGGGGGGGCUGGUUUGUGGCAGCAGUGCUGUUUAAAAUAAAAAGACCCUUUCCUUGUUCAUCUGUUCUGCUCUUUGCUCUAGAAAGAGCUCCUAGGAGAGAGGGAGAUCCCAAGAGCACAGAGCCAGGAGGCUGUCUCUACCCAUGGCCUGGGUCCCUCACCUCCAUGGGGCUCCCCCAAACGGAAGAGGGGCUGAAAAUCACAGUCUUGUUUUCACUUUCUCAGUGGCUUUGGCUGCAACCUGGCAUGUUUCCGGGUCCUGAGUGGGUCCCACUGCCGGUGACGGGGACCCCCAGGGACAAGUGGCAGGCUGGGUCUCUGGUGCAGCCCCUUGCCUCUCAUGGAGACCCCUCUGCUGCUGUCUUGGCCUCCAAGCUCUGCUCCCUAGGGGGCACCUCUGCCAUCAGCCCCAUGUGCCACAGAACCUGCUCUCCACGUGGCACUGGUCCAUCCGCACUCACCUGGGGUGGCCCCGGGGGACAAAGCCUGCCUCCCUGGUAGCGCUGCCUCGAGCCUCUGCCCGCGUGUCCCAGGACGCGGAAGGAGUUCUAAGCCGAGAGGAGAAAGCUGGCAGCCUGGGAGUGCAGCCCUGCAUGUCCCACAUGCUGCGCAAUCCUGAUCUCUCCCCGUGCAAGGCUAGGUUAUGAGGUCAUUGAUUUUGUUAUCAAUCCUUAUUACAUUUUUCAAAUUAAUCUUAUUUGUGCUAAUCACAAAAACUCAUCUACCUUGUCAUGCUUCUUUAAGAUUCUAGAAGGUGAAUUUAAUUUUAGGUUUGUUUCACAAAGAUUAUAAAAUUUAUCGUGGGAAACCAGGUCUCCUGUUAGUUGUGGCAAACGGAUCAGUAAGUCAGACAUCGGCUCUUUUAUAGGAGGCACGUGAUAAACGAUAAACCUGGGAUAAAUUAUUAAGAAGCUAAAUUACAAGUCAAGUCCUUGGGUUUAAAAUCAGCUGGAAAUUUGAGGGCUUUCUCCCUUCUCCUCUGUCAUGUCUAUUCUGGCACUUGUACUGUCUGCCUCGAGUUUGCGUGAUCCAGGGAGAACCACGUGCACUUUUGAAGAUGAAGGUCACCAGAUGUCAAGUGUCCCAUUUCGAAACCCUCAGGAUGUGUGUGUUCAGGGUGUGUGACAUGUCUCAGAAAAGGGCACAGGACUCAGCCUAAGGUGGGCAUGUCCCCCAGUGACACGGGUCCUGCCAUGUUUAGUCCCCAGUUAUGGGGACACCCACCAGCCCGUGCACCCGCACACUCCCUCAGCCGCUGCAGUGGGCACCCUGUGAGCCGUCCCCGCCUCGAACCCCGCCAUGAAGACAGCCCCACCAGUCUUGCAAACAUUCUUCUUCCCUGAGAACAGAUGUGGGAGAGGCGCAGAGCACCUCCUCAGGGCAGACACAGAAGCGAGGGGCCCCAGCAGCGCUGUGGUGGUUGUCCCCCCUCCCCCGCAAGAGGUGAGAGUGCGUUGCACACAGCAAGCUCUUGGUCCAUGUGAGUGAUGAACAAGUGAGUCUAGGAAUGAAAUAAUUUGAACAUACCCAUUCUGUAUUAAUAAACAACGUGCAGCUUAAAGA